AUGGGACAGAGUUCAAGUCGUAGACCACACACUCAAUGGGAUUUGGACAGAUUAGCACAAGCUACUGGUUUAUCUCCUUAUGAAGUUUCAGAGGUCUAUGAAGAAUUUCGGCAGGCAGCUGGUCGUGAUGGACUAUUAAGUAAACAGGAGUUUAGUAAAAUCUAUAGUCGGUUUCCUGGUUCUCAAUCCCAAGAUUCACAAUACAUGAAAGCUCAAAUUCCUCGUAUUUUUCGUACAUUUGAUCGUGAUAAUUCAGGAAAACUUUCAUUCGAAGAAUUUCUUAGUGCUGUUGUUAUGAUGAAUCAUGAUAUGCCUCGACGUGAUCGUAUUGGAUUCCUUAUUGAUCAAAACAAUAUUUAUGGCAAUGAGUAUGGUGAUGGACGAAUUACAUCUGAAUAUGGUGAGCAAGUCUUUGAAUAUCUCAAUAAUUAUUAUGGUUUACCUCGUGGCAGUGCAAAUCAAUGUUGGCAACAAGUUGAUACGAAUAAUCGUGGUUAUGUCACUCGGGAAGAGCUUAUGGAUUACAUUACUCAACAAGACGCCUACACUCAACGCUAUUCAUACUAG